GCGCGCGCUGUGUUUAGCUGCUUUAUGUUUAUGGACUUGACAGCUAGUUCACAUUCCGAGUUGAGUCGUUUCUCGUUGCAAGUUCCGCGAAUCGUUUUGUUAGUGCUUAAAAUUUACCCGAAAAAUGUCCAAAGUAGAACGGAGAAUGAGUAGCGAUAGCGAAGAUGGCCUAAGUUUACACAGACAAGCGGCAAAGAGAUUAGGCAUGUGUGAGGCAUGCAACGCAAACCUUGCAAAAUAUAAGUGCCCACGUUGCGAGGUUAGAACCUGCUGUUUGUCGUGCCUCAAUCUUCACAAACGAGAACUUAAAUGCAACGGCAUCCGGGAUCGUACCAAGUACAUUCCUUUGGUAAAAAUGACAAAGAUGGAUAUCAUGAAUGAUUAUUACUUUCUCGAAGAGUGCACCAGAUUCGUAGAAGAUCAGAAGCGAGAUAACAAAAAACGAUUCACGGCGUAUGACAAACAGUUACCUGCUCACCUUUUCCGUUUGAGAAAUGCUGCAAAUGAACGCAAUAUAUCACUUCGAUUUCUAGUGAAAAGUUUUACCAAGCGUCAUAAGAACACAACACAACUGGACUUCCGCAGUUCCACUAUCUUUUGGCGUGUAGAAUGGUGCUUUCCGAACGGAAAAGACGCUAUCACUUUUGUAGAUGAGAAAAUUAAUGAAAACAUCAAACUAUAUGAGGUAGUCAGCAAAUAUCUCGAACCUGACGGUUUGGAUACAAAUCCUGGAAAAGCAAGACUCGAACAAUAUCACGCAGCAGGAAUCAAAGGAGUGGAAUUGCUGUUAAAGGCGGAAGGCAUAAGACAAUGCCGCAAUCGUUUUUUCCCACUGAAUUUAAACGAUAGUUUCCGUGAAAACUUAGCUGGCAAAACUAUUGUAGAAUAUCCGGAAAUAUAUGUAGUCUUGAAGAGCCAGCUCGAUGCCUUCAAUAUCGUCGAAAGCGACGACGACGAGAUGAUUGCAGCAACGGGCAACAAAUGCACUGGUUCUUCUUCCGGAAGUGGCGCUAAACAAAACAUAUCCACCGGAGCGAUUGAAUGUAAAUUGGAUCAAAUGGAUAUUGGUGAAAGUAAAAGCCAAAAGAUCACUCCCCCAAAACCAGGAACAAACAAGUGGAUUACAUUAAAUUUCCUUUUUGCCGAAGAAUCUACUACAUUUUCUUCUGAUACAGACGAUGGAGCAGUAACUGAAGAAGAGGUCGAUAUGAUGUAAGAAAAGUGCAAUGCAUGUAAGCCGAGUGCAAGUGCUUACACGUGAGCUUUAUCUUCAAAUCGUUUCAUAUGACAACAUUAGCAAUGUGAAAGGACGCUCAGAUUUUGGAAACUUUAUAGGGUGUUGCGAAUUUUGAACAACAUUUUGUUGCAUUUCAGUUGAAAUUAUCCAAUUCACCCCGAAGUAAUUAAGAGUUAUUGAAUUACAAUUUUUGAAAAUAUCCAAUGUUUAAAGGAGUUCUUGAAGAAUGGUUGAAAAAUAAAAGCGAACUAUGAAAUUCAUUGUUGU